GUCGUGGUGCAGGCAGGAAAGCUUUCUGGAGUUGCAGUUACAGAACGAGCACACGUGGAGUUUGCAGGCUCCACCGAAGACAAACGAGCGGAGUUUGCUAGGCUCCGCUAAACAACCACGACAGAGCUCUGGAUACUCUUGACGAGCGCGCAGGAUAGGGAUACGUCGGGGAUAGCGUUCGGCGACGGGGAGAGAUUCUUGGUAGCAGAUCAGACCACCGGUCGGUCCGAGAUUUACGUGGAAGUCCACGAGGCCUUGAAGACUGGACACAGCCAACAGUGCCGUGCAUGAGCGCAAGGCAGCAAGAGCCCAGGCCCCCGGCCGGUGAGAUCCGUCAUGGGGAGACGUGGCUGCUACACUGGAGCCUGUGGCAGCCGUGGGCCGCCCCUUCCCGGCGGGAGCUGGAGGAGCAGGACCCAGGAGGCGUGCAGGCAGGAGGGGCUGAAGGUGCAGAAGUCCCUCGUGUCGUCCAGACCAGAGCCGGUCCAGCACCGAGAGCUGUGGGGCAGGACACGAUGCAGGCCAUGCAGCCUUUGCAAGGCCCUUGCAAGGCCGAGCUGCCCUCCAUGACCCCACAGCUGGCAGCGCGGGAUGAGCUCCCCACCCCAGAGCCCUGGCGCCAGCUCUUCCGUGGCCUGCGCUACCGGGAAGCCGAGGGCCCAGGGAAGAUUUGCAGCCGCCAGCGGGAGCUGUGCCGGCGCUGGCUGGAGCCCCAGCGCCGCAGCAAGGAGCAGAUGCUGGAGCUGGUGGUACUGGAGCAGUUCCUGGCCAUCCUGCCCCCGGAGGUGCGGAGCUGGGUGUGCGGGUGCCACGUGGAGACGUGUGCCCAGGCCGUGGCCCUGGCCGAGGGGUUUCAGCUGGGGCAGGCGGAGGACGAGAAGCUCUAG